AUUUUGCCUUACCAUAGCGGACAUAGCGGCCAUAGCGGCAGAACGUUGGGAGGCUAACACGAUGGUUGAAAUCAUUUUAGCCUCUACUAAUAUAUGUUAUUGAGUUUAUCUCCAGGUGCUAAUUCACCCCCUCCAAGCGCCGUUGUUCAGAAUAACUACCUAAGGUACAGUGAAGUUAUUGUCCUGCUCCCCACCCAACCGAAGGGGUUGUCAAGGCUUCAGCCACCAUACGCAUACGCUCGCAUUAGGGGGUUAUCAAUUAGCGUUGGCCUCACCACCAGAAACAAUUUCUUUAAGUUCGAUAUGUAUCAGUAACUAUGAUGCAUAACAGCUGAGCUGUGCAGGGAUUUACUAGCUACUCAAAGCAACUGUACAGAGCUAAUACACAAUAAACCGACGAUUGCAAUAUAGUAUAAUGGUUGUUAUACGACAGAAUAACUGUUCGGUGCUGCUUGAGAAGCUAUUUAUGUAUGCUCCUGAUCGAUCAGUAGCUAGACUCUAGCAUCCAAGUUGGUGAUAACCAUACUCGUAAUCCACCAAGUGACUAUUUGAUUUCCAUUCGACAGCACACGUCAUGUCUACUAUUACCCGAGGCGGAAUCCCCAUCGAGCCCUUCAGGGACGAAAACGGUAGGAAUGUGUAUCACUUUGAUUAUCCUCAAUAUGCCCCCUUCGAUCCUUACUACCGCAUCGCGCUCCAUAGGCGAGCGUACAGACCUCGCGAGAUUCUAAACGCCACUAUCAGGGCCUUCUACAACCGGCAGGACUUUGAAUUGAGCCCGCGGCAGACCGCAGCGCGCGAGAAUUUCUGCGCCAAGUACGUGCUACAGAGCCCGUCGUACGGGAGGCAGCUCGGGCCCAGAGAGGCGUACGAGUACGUAGAUAGCGACGUUAAGUUCUGGGCCCAACAGCUUGACGAUUUCUUUUUCUUUGGGCUGCUCGGACGCUAUAUUAUGAUACAGACUGGCUUUGACGUGGUCGGUGAGGAUCCGUUGCAGCUCGAGGAAAGGAUCGAUGGAGAAACGACCAUGGUCGCGAACGAAGAGGGAGGUAGAUACGUGCGCAUCUUGCUUAACACCGGCCGCGGCAAUGCGAUAUACGAUAUUAAUGAUAUUAUAGGUCAGCUUAUGCACGAGAUGGUGCACGCCUAUCUCCAAAUCUUCUCGUGCGACUGUCUGAAGUGCGAAAGGGCUCUCCUGAACACCACUGGCAUCCCAGGAGAUGAACACGGACCUAUCUUCCUGAUGCUCCACCGCCUCAUCUUGAGCGAGAUCAGGCGGUGGGGUAACACUGGCGAUAACGACUUGGCUGAGCUGCUCUGGGAGGACUGCCCGGAGUUGUGUAUUAGCUUGAACUCGAACUGGCGAGCUAGGAUGGUCAUCGAUAGCCUCACGCGGGAGGAGAGAAAGCAAUUUAGCAGAGUCCGCAAAUACGAGUCCAGCGCCAGGCAUCUCGUGCGAAUCACACACACUGGUGCCGUUGCGGUCCAACCGAAUAUCAAGCACCGGCAGAUCCAGCUUGAGAACCAGCUUAAGGACAAGCGCAUCCGGGCGGACGAGUUUAGAGUCGACCUGCUCGACCACUGGCUCGCGUACGAGGAUGAGGAAGACGAAGAGGACAGUGAACAGUCCCAGAGCGAUGAUGAGGUAACCCGGCUGAGCAGCGAGACUCCCGAAAGCGAAAACUAAGGUUUAGUCGAAUCCCUGACCUAUUAGAUGUCUUAUUCGCGAGGCCAAAGCGCUCGUGGGAUGAUUCGCUUUGUAAGAUAGAACCGCCGUCGAGACCAAGCACGGAUAUGACGAUAUUGUUAUAAUCCUAAAUGUAUAGUUCUAAUGUAGUUAAUUGAAUAUUAAUGUGUGAAGCCAAUUCGUAUUGACUUUGUAGUGAUACCGGCUCCUCUAUGCCGAGAGAACUGUAGUUUAACUCGUCCAAGCCCAUGAAACGAUAGCGGCUGUUCGUCAUGUUGGUCCA